GAUUAACAGUAAAUCAUAUAUUUUUAUAUAUGUAAGAUUUAAGCUAAAAGUUUCUAAAAAACUAUGUCGAUAGUUUCAGAAUUUUUCAGCAAAUUGAAAUAAAAUAAAACAAAUUCAUAUUUGGUAAGCAAAAUCAAUUACAGAAACAAUCUUUAAAAGCAAAAACUGAAGGCAUGGCAUCAUAUGGAUCCUUUAACAAUAAACUACAACAGAAACAUGCAGACCAUAAAUGUGUUACUGAAAAUUAUUUCCAAAAUAACAAUAAUGGUUAUCUAGACAUAGAGAAACAUUUGAGAAUUUGUCGUGAGACAUCUGCCAUGCUACUUUCCAAACAUGACAACUACGUCAUGAAGAUAAGCGAACUGAAGAAUGACCUGAAGUCACUCUCUGGUUUAGUAGUUAAUAUUAAAGAUGAAAUGAACAAACGAGAUGUUGAAAAAGGUUUUGAUGAUUGCAUGUUUUCAAGAGACUCAAGAGAUUCAAACGAUUCAAGCGAUAAAUUGCAAAGCUCCCUUAAGGCGAAUGUUGAACAGUUGGAAAAACUUGUCUGUGAGAAAAGUAGACAUCUAGAAGAUAUAAUCAAUCAGAUACAAGAAGCCGAAAGGAAAACUGCUCAAUCAGGGAACGUUGAUGAUAUUUGCAGGCAACUAGAAAUAUCAAAUCUGGAAAAUGAAACACUUCGCAAUGAUAUCGCUCGCUACAAAGUACAACAACAACAGACAAAUGUCGAUUUGAUAUCAGUUAAAAACGAGCUAACAGAAUUCCAACAAAAAUAUAAAGAACUUGAGAAAGAAAAUAGUCAGAUAAAAUCAUUACUUAGCAUGGAAGCCACAUACCGUAUAGAGUCAACCUAUAGAUAUAAGAAAGUCACUGAGAAAUAUGAAGAACAGGCGCAGGCACUCAGAAACGCUAACUAUCAAUGCACUUAUAUACAAGGACGAUUACAAAACCUCAUGGGUGUUUUAGAAGAGUGUCAAAUGGAGCGCGACUUACUACGAGAAGAAGUUAUUGCACUGAAACAAAAAGAGGAUCAGCUUUGCUCAGAUUGCCUAUGUUCCAGGAAAGACUUGCAAGAAUCCCAGAAAUGUAUAGAAAGACUAGAGCAAACUUUAGCUAAAAAAACGGAAGAAGAUAAGGAAGCUUUACAGAAAAUGAAGCUCAGUUGCAACGAAUCAGUAUCUAAGCUUAACUACCUAAUGUCAGAAAAUGCACGUCUGCGAGCUGAACUCGGUCAACAAGAUUGUCUAAUUGAACAAAAUGAAAAAGUUCUUGAAUCAUUUCGUAAAUGGAAAGAACAACAAGCUCAUACUGAUAAUCAAAUGCAACAGAAUUUGAAAGAAUAUGAGAAACAAAUCCAAAAACUUCUUAAGGAUAAGAAUGCUUUAUUGAAAGAGUAUAAGUUACUAAGGCAGGCGUAUUGUAAACUUAAGGAAAAUUCGGAGUGCACCAAGGCCAACAUGCAACGACAAUUUCAUCUGUAUGAUUAUUCUGACGACACUUCGGACUCUGAUUACGCUGAAUGCCAGGCUGCACAAUUGGCUCAUCGCUUACAACAUAGACAAAAGUACCUCUAAGACCACUGGCCACAGAAUGCAUUUAUAUUGCUUUAUAUUUUCAUGUUUAUUUUUAAAUGUCAAAAUAUACAGAGAAUACAUUUUAUUAUAUAUAUGAAUUUUAUGAAUGUGAAAGAAGCGAAAAAAUUUUCAGUAUUAAUUUUAUUCUCAUUAGGGGAAAUAUCAAUAACGUAGACCUUCAAAAAAUUUUACUGAGAAAACAAUGAUUUU